AUGCGCUUUCUUUUCCGUCCUCGCUCUGUCAUCUCCACUAGUACUACUACUACCUCCACCACCGCAACGAGCUCGAUCGCAUCCGUCUACAACGAUCAGCAUCUCUGCAUCCGAGCCAUCGGUGCAAACAGGUCACUCCAUUCGUAUCGCCAUCGUACCCUCGCUGCUCCCUCAGUAGCGCUUGCAAGAGCCAAAAGCACCCACCAUCCGACCCACCAAGCCUCAGCAACCAAGUCUCCCGUGCUGCCCAAACCCUCACAUAUCGCUUCUACACUUCCGUCCGAGGAAGCGCGUGUUUCCGCAACUCACCCUCCACCACCACCGCAUCAAGGUCCACCUCGACUCGUACGCUACCAGGCUGAACAUACACCCCAACUUGCGCUUUCGCUCUACCCUUCCUCCUUCACGCACGCUUCCUACCCGGAUCCUCUCUCGUACCGUGCGCAUCUUUCUAAUCGACGCGCUCCAGCUAGCCUGUUUGGACUGUUUCCAAGCACAAGCGCCACAGCCGCAAGCUUGCAAGCAAGUUCGGAUCCGUUUGCUUACCGUCAGUCUGGUUCAAGCUUCCAGACCAGUCCAGCUACGCCCACACAAGCUUCACAAGCUUCACAGGCCUCGCAGGCUUCGCCAGAAUCCAUCGUCGAGAGCAGCGAGACUGCCUCAUCAAACAUGGCGGCUUCGGCUUCGACGUCCUCCAUCAUCAACGCCGCCAAGACUGGCGAAGCGGAGCUGAAUCAGCGCAAGAAGAACGGCUCUACGACAAGCGCUACCGGAGCGGGCGCUGCAGCUCCCAAGACCGACAGCACGCUUGGGCACCACGCUCACCACCAUGGGCAUGGCCAUCACCACGACCACGGCUCGGCCGAAGAAGCGGACCAACUGCUCGCUGCUCUGAAAGGAAAAGGCGAUCGAGGUUCCAACAUCACGCUCGCCGGCCUGGUAUCCAACGUCGGUCUCUGUGGUGCCAAAGGCGUCGCAGGAGUGUACCUGAAUUCAGCGGCGUUGCUCGCGGAUGCGGCGCACUCGUUGUCCGACAUGUUUGCGGAUCUGGUGACUUUGUUCUGCUGGAAAAUGUCGCAGAAACCGCCUUCGGCGUCGCAUCCGCUGGGGUACGGAAAGUACGAGACGAUGGGAUCGUUGGGUGUGAGUCUGGUGUUGGUGGCAGGAGCUGUGGGAAUUGGGUUCCAUUCGUACGGCUUACUGUUGGAAGCGUUGCAGCCGACGUUGCAGCAUGCGCCUGCUGCUUUGCAGGCAUUCGGGCAAUUCACAGGCUCGUUGGCCAGCGCUGGAGGAUUGUUGCAUGAUCAUCAUGAUCAUGCUGGUUCGGCUGCUGCAGAUGCCAAUGGAGGCGUGCUUGAUCCGAACGCCAUGUGGUUUGCGUUACUCUCGAUCGUCGUCAAAGAAUGGCUCUAUCACGCCACGCUGAAAAUCGCACGUCAGGAGAACUCUUCGGUUCUCGAAGCCAAUGCUCUACACCACCGUUCCGACUCUCUCUCCUCGGCAGUUACCUUUCUAGCGAUCGGAGGCUCGUACCUUGGCUUCCCCGUUCUCGACCCGCUCGGUGGCCUACUUGUCGCCGGCCUGAUCGGCAAGCAAGGCGCCGACCUGCUCAUCGGCGCUCUUGCCGAACUCUCCGAUCGAGGCGUAGACCCCGAGACGCUCCAAAUCCUCGACCACGCCAUCCUGCAAGUUCAAAUCUCCAACCCUCUCCUCCAAGGCUGGAAAGACCUCAGAGCUGUCAAAAGCGGCGUUAGCACUUUCGCAGACGUCACCCUCCAACUCCCAAACGACACCACCCUCGUCCAAGCUAGCCAUGUAGAAGCCGCCGUCAGAGACGCUCUUAUGCAUUCCAUCAAGGGCGUCAAAGAGGUCAGAAUCAGAUUGGUCACCGUAGACGCUCCCAAUUAA